AUGUCUGGAGUUGCUGAGGUUACUGAGAUCAAGGGGACGGCCACUUCUCAGGGGGUGAGCGAGAAAGCCGGCUCCGAUGGCUAUCGGAAUAGCGACGUGGAACUACCACUUGACGCGCAAGUGGAAACUGACCUCAAUGUUACCGAAGACGAUCUAGCUGAAGCCAAGGAGUUAGCCGACAGAUUAACACUCGAAGAAGUUCGCCCUAUGAUGGAAAGAGUUCUAAAGAUACACGAGCAUGAUCCGAAUUUUCCAUACAGCAUAAUAGAACGAGUUAAAGCAUUCCUAGGAAAUGAAGCGAUCUUCGAGCAACCUGAGAAACAUGCGGUUUUGAUUGGGGAAAUGAAACUCGAAGCUGCUCUGAUUACCGUUAACAGUCCCUAUGCCGAGGUGCGCGCUGUUGUAGAUAACCACGACGAUGUGAACACACCGUGCGGUACCAUCCGCGCUUGGAUCAUCGGUAUCGGGUUCUCGAUCCUACUUGCUUUCAUCAACCAACUGUUUUCCAUUCGACAACCAGCGAUCAGCGUCCAGGCAAAUGUCGCUCAGUUACUCGCAUUCCCUAUCGGAAAGGCUUUUGAAAAAUUGCUACCUGAUGUCGGCAUUACUCUAUGGGGCACCAGGCAUAGCUUGAACCCGGGCCCCUUUUCUAGGAAAGAACACAUGUUGAUCACUAUCAUGGCCAACGUCUCAUGGAAUUAUCCGUAUACGAACAACAUUAUCUGGGUACAAUAUUUGCCGCAGUACUUCAAUCAACGAUAUGCAGGCCAAUUCGGAUACCAGAUCGUUGUCGCUCUUGCUACGAACUAUAUCGGAUAUGGUAUGGCUGGCAUUAUUCGACGAUUUCUGGUCUAUCCUUCCCAUUGCGUGUGGCCAGCAUCCCUAGUUACGAUCGCUCUUAAUUCUGCUUUCCAUAACGAUAAGAAUACUCCUGUUGAGAGCCCUUUCGGCAGGGUUUUCACCAUAUCCCGUAUUAAGUUCUUCGGUUGGACAUUUGCGGCUAUGUUUGUCUACUUCUGGUUCCCCGACUAUAUCUUCACUGCUCUCAGUGUAUUUAGUUGGAUGAGUUGGAUCUCCCCAAAUAACGUGAACCUCUCAACCAUCACCGGGUUUAAUAACGGUCUUGGAUUGAACCCCUGGCCAACAUGGGACUGGAAUACUCUGCUUUUUGACAACACCGACCCCCUCAUGAUCCCGUUUUUCUCUACGUUUAACAAAUUCGUCGGCGCCGCUAUAGGUGCUUGCGUUAUUGCUGCUUUAUGGUAUACGAAUACCUACAGCACGGGGUACUUGCCCAUCAAUUCGAAUAGGGUAUUCGAUAAUACAGGGGCGCUUUAUAACGUAUCUAAUGUUGUUGACGAACGGGGUCUUUUCGACGCUGCCAAGUACGAGGUUUAUUCUUUCCCCUUUCUGGCUGCUGGCUAUAUAAGCGAAUACCUAUUCUUUUUCGCCAUCUACUCGGCCAUCAUUUCAUACGCGUACCUGUACCAUCGACAUGAAAUCGCAAUGGGCUUCAAGAGUUUGAUCAAUAGCUUCCGAAAGGAUGGGCGGGAACAAGUUGGUCAGGUCCAAGACGUCCACAAUCGACUCAUGUCCAGAUAUGCCGAAGUACCCGAAUGGUGGUAUACAAUCGUACUCGCUGUCGCUAUCGCGCUCGGGUGCGUAGGAAUAGCUCAUUGGGAAACAUAUACCAGUCCUGGCGUCGUUUUCUACGGUCUUGCACUUUGUGUUCUCUUCGUAAUACCUAUUGGUAUCGUAAAAGCAAUCACAGGAAUUGAGGUUACACUUAACGUCCUCGCGGAAUUUAUUGGAGGGUCAUGGGUCGCAGGGAAUGCUCUGGCGAUGAACUACUUUAAGUCAUUCGGUUAUGUUACUUGCUCCCACGCACUGCUAUUUUCGCAAGAUCUCAAGCUGGCCCACUAUGUCAAGAUCCCACCAAGGCAAACCUUUUCGGCCCAGAUGGUCGGCACGUUGAUUUCCACCUUCGUCAGUGUCGGUGUGCUUAAUUUCCAGAUCAAUCAGAUCCCUGGUGUCUGUACCAUCCAUGCUCCGAAUCGAUUUACUUGUCCAGGAAUCAACACCUUCUUCACUGCUGCAGUCCUCUGGGGCACAGUAGGUCCCAUCAAGGUGUUCGGCCGAGGAGGAAUGUACUCCUGGCUCCUAGCCGGAUUCCCCAUAGGUUUCAUCGUCCCUAUUAUAAUCUACUACGCAAACAAGAAAUACAAGAAAACAUGGAUGCGACAGAUCCACCCAGUUGCUAUUUUCUACGGCGCCUUAUCAUGGGCUCCAUAUAACCUGAGCUAUAUCUGGCCAGCCGUACCUAUUGCUUGGUGGUCGUGGAUUUACCUUAAACAGCGCUACCUCGGAUUUUGGUCCAAGUAUAAUUUCGUUCUGUCUGCUUCCUUUAGCAGCGCUAUCGCCAUGGCUGCCAUUAUUAUAUUCUUCGGUCUUCAAUGGUCGGUGAUUGAGCUUGACUGGUGGGGGAACACUGUUACUGCGCAGGGAUGCGAAGAAGAUGCUUGUACGCUGUAUCAGCUUGGCGAAGGUGAAUAUUUUGGUCCGCGUAUUGGCGAAUUCCAUUGAGACCCUAGGUAUACCGAAAUAUACCUAGGAGGUAUGUAUAUAAUAGGUGUAACGGGUUUGCGCCACUCCUGUAGCUGAUUUAUGAUGUAUGAUUCUCAAGAUGUUGUUUUCAGGGGCUACCCUAAUUAUGAGCGAACGAUUUACUGAGUACCUGGGUACCUUACCUUGUAGGUAGUUUCUCGGUUUAUCACUG